AUUGCUGCAGAGGCUAUGUCUGAUAAAGCAGAAUGUCCUAUAUUAGAGAUCACCAGACAAGAUUUUUUUCAAGAAGCAAAAACUCUCAUUGCCCAACAUUAUGAGAAAAUAAAUGAGAAUAAAGUUCAAGGUACUUCUAUAAAUGUUUUUAAAAAUAAACAUCAAAAACCAAAAUCUGGCAAAUUCAUACCUUUGGUGAUUAAAAAAAAGGAAACACCUGAUAUGGUUCAAGAACUUCGGACAGCACACAAAAGUAUUUGUUUUCCCAAACACCUGUUCAAAAGUGAGCAUUUUAAGGAGCCCUCACAGGGAACUUCUUUCAAGGAGCCAUAUAUUUUUAGCGUAAAGGAAAAAUUCAAGGACUCUAUGGAUAUAAUUGCAAAAGAACAAGUUAAACUGGGUAAAAUAGUAACUAAUAUUGAAUCCGUGGGUAAAAAAAUGGAGAAAGAAAAGCAUCAGCACCAUGGGAAGUCCAGGCUGGAGUGUGAUUCUUACCAAGGUCUGGAUGAAAGAAUGAAAGUUGAAUGCAGAGAGCAUAUAUUAGGUUAUGGGAAUGAACAGACUGUGCCUGCCCUGGGGAAUCUCCCUGCACCCCCCAUCUGCUGGGAAGCUAGAUAUCGAACCACUCUUGCACCCAGGAGUAAAUCCUAUUUUAUCAUGGUGAAUGAUUUUUUUAAACGCAUUGGUGAAUUGAGUUUGCUGAAAACAGUAAUGAAGAAAGAGCAACAGCCUAUCAAACCAGAACCAAAGCCAGGAACCAGGAUAAAGUCUAUUCUAAGUAAAAGUGGGAAGCUUGACAAUAAAGUUAAAAGAAUUGGGCCACACAUAGAAAUCUUCCAAGUGUUCCGGGAAAGGACCAAAUUUGUAAAUAUCAAAAAAGUCGUUAAAAUGGUCAUCCUAAUGCAGGCCUAUGUCAGAGGAUGGCUUGAACGCAAAAGAUUCCAGAGAAUAAUGGUCAAGGCUUUGUCUCAUGGACCAAAUUUGAGAGCAGUUAUAAACAUGUAUCAUAGACUGAUCCAUCGUGUUAAAUAUCGUCUUGGCCUUUGGAGGACAAGACAAAUUAUUAACUUUGCAGAGCUAGAAGAAUGGAUGGACAGAAAAAAAUUUUAUGAAACAAUGUUUGCUAAGAGAGAAGAUUGGCAAGGAUUAGAAAGAAGUGAGCUCCUUAAAUUCUUCAAUGACUGUGGUCAUUUCCCAACCCAGCAGCAAAUUGACGAGGUUUGGGACUUGGUCCAGAGAGACGACCAUGACAAAUAUUCUGAACUCAUCAAGAAGUUCAAUGCAAUUGAAAUGUUAUUUACGCUCUAUCCUCCUCAAGGUGCCCAUGUGCGUAAUAAUGUACGACUUAAGUCAACUUGGCUGAGACCCAUAGUAAAUGGGGAAGAAGGAUAUAGAUAUAUAGUGAAUGGACAUCCAAUACUCAAAAGAGCUAACAUCCAGGUUGUUGGAAAGUUAGUAUGCAGAUCUAUAAGAGAAAGGAAAAUGAGACAACAUUUAUCGUGA